AUGACGAAAGAAGUGGUCGGAGAGAAUAGAUCUUUCUCAGGGAAAGACUAUCAAGAUCCACCACCUGAGCCUCUCUUCGAUGCAACUGAGCUUGGGAAGUGGUCCUUUUACAGAGCUCUCAUCGCUGAGUUCAUAGCCACUCUCCUCUUCCUCUACGUUACUGUUAUGACAGUCAUUGGUUACAAGAGUCAGAUCGACCCAACCCUAAAUCCUGACCAGUGUGCAGGUGUUGGAGUCCUCGGUAUCGCUUGGGCCUUUGGUGGCAUGAUCUUUAUCCUUGUCUACUGCACUGCCGGAAUCUCUGGUGGACAUAUUAAUCCGGCAGUGACCUUUGGGCUGUUCUUGGCUCGUAAAGUGACGUUGUUGAGAGCAGUGAUGUACAUAGUGGCUCAGUGUCUCGGUGCCAUUUGCGGUGUGGCUUUGGUCAAGGCCUUCCAGUCUUCUUACUACACUCGCUACGGAGGCGGCGCAAACGGUCUUUCCAACGAUUACAGCGUCGGUACCGGUGUAGCCGCCGAGAUCAUCGGUACAUUCGUCUUAGUCUACACCGUCUUCUCCGCCACUGACCCUAAGAGGAGUGCGCGUGACUCUCACGUCCCGGUAUUGGCUCCAUUACCCAUUGGAUUUGCGGUAUUCAUAGUUCACUUGGCUACAAUCCCAAUCACGGGGACUGGCAUUAACCCUGCUCGAAGUCUCGGAGCUGCAAUCAUCUACAACAAGGACAAAGCUUGGGACCAUCAUUGGAUAUUUUGGGUGGGUCCGUUUGCGGGUGCAGCCAUUGCGGCUUUCUACCAUCAGUUUGUGUUGAGGGCUGGUGCGGUGAAGGCGCUCGGGUCCUUCAGGAGCCAGCCUCACGUUUAG